AUGAAAUUCAGCCUUCUAGCAGCUUGUUUGGUUCACAUAACCCUCGCGGUCCCAAGCAACCAGGAGAAGCGGGAUUCUACAAAGCCUGUCGUGAAAGGAACGCCACAAGUAGUUGGAAUUUUGGCAGACCCUUCUUUGAAUCGAGACUCCUGUGGAUCUUCUCUGUUUGGAGAUCGUGCUUUGUGGGUGUGUCGAGACACACAGCAUUAUGAUUCGGAUGGAAUCCCGAAUUUGCCAAUUUUUACUAGCUCUGCAUCAUGGUCGGACUUGGUCACUGGUGGCGGCUCUCAGCUGACCAUGUACGGUGAUAAUCAAGACAAUUCUUUCUAUCCACUUGUUCCUGGGAACUGUGACGAUAACCAGGCUGGGAUAUGCUCAGACGGAACGAGAUAUCCGCUGUGGGCCAACGCACCUCCUCUGGUUACCAGCUCGGAUUCUAGUGGUACGACUACUGGAUAUACGUGGAUCAGCAACUCUCAUAUUUCGGGUCUUUCCGACCUUAUCCAACACCCAUCCGCUGAGUUGAUCAACCAAGCUUUCUGGGCUGAGAACGAUAUUCCUUUUGGUACAUAUGGGGGUGUGGUCCAAGAUGACAUCGUUUACAUCUGGGGACAAGCCACGGGAGGCUCUGUGAAUCUCGCACGUGUACCCGUUGCCAAUGUCGAAGACAAGUCCAAGUACGAAUUCUACGUGAACGGGGGCUGGACAACAACUCAGCCAGAACUAGGCGACGGUGCAGCAACGAUGGAGAAUGCCUCUGCCGGCGGCCAAGGAACUUACUACUUUUCCAACCAUUGGAAGUCGUUUGUCUGGAUCGGACAGGCCAGUAACUCGGUCUCUGCGGAUUUCUUCAUCACCACUUCGCCUGCACCAGAAGGACCAUGGACUGAGCCAGUUAAAUUCUACUCUGGUGUCAACGGAAAUUAUUCAUUGGGAGCAUAUACCUUACAGGCAAAUCCGGCACUUUCCCUGCCCGACUCCAAUGAGAUCUACCUCACGUAUACAAAGACCGACGCAGUCGGAGAUAAUGUCGCGUUGUAUACCACGCCUCUGAUACUCGUGGAAUGGGAAAUCUAG